AUGGGCAACGCCAUCAUCUCCACCCACGGCAUCAUCUACAACGAGUUCCUCCCCGUGCUCCUAGCGGGCCAGUUUGACCCCGGCGCCAUCAAAUUUCCCUGGACGAUCUCCGGUGGGCUAGGGUGGACUACGGACGGCAUCGGCACUUUACUCUCGCUGACGGGGCUCAUGGGGAUGGUGGUGGUGGUGGCGGUAUUCCCUUAUAUCACCGAGCGGUGGGGCGCCGUGCGCGCGUACCGGGCGCUGGUGUCGCUCUUCCCCGUUGUCUACUUGUUGGUGCCGUUGGCGAUAUUCACGCUUCCCGGUUACCUGGGGUGGCCGCGGUGGGUGACGCCGGUGUUCUUGUACUCGCUCACCCUGCUUAAGACGCUUGCGUCGCUGACGGGGGUCCCUCAAAUCACCUUGCUCAACCACCGGCUGGCGGCGCCGAGCCAUCGCGCCUACGUCAACGGCACCACCAUCUCGGUGCUCGCGCUUCUGCGGUGCCUCGGCCCCGUGGUGUUUGGCUACAUCAUGAGCUACGGCGACAACAUUGCCCGGGGGUGGUUGAUGUGGUGGGUGCUUGCGGCGAUCGCGGCGUUGGGGUGGGUCCAGCUGUGGUGGAUCCAGGAGCCUGCCGAUGAUUAG